AUGAAUAAAUUACUAAUGAUGAUGAUUUUGACAGUUGCCUUGUUGACACUAGGCUUUUGUUAUGCAGAUGAAAUACAACAGCAAUUAAUCAGACAGAAUCCUUGUGUUCUUAAACAGACUUGUCAUGAAUGUAUACAAACUCCAACGUGCGCUUGGUGUGCACAACCGAAAUUUGAUGGAAAACGAUGUUUUCAAUCAAACAUUAACUCUAACAUGAUACAAUGUAAUGAACGCUAUAUUAAUAAUCCUAAAAAUGAGUACAAGAUGUUGGAUUCUCGUGAACUUCAAAAAGCCAGGAAAAAUACAAAUUCUUAUAUGUCUAGUGUUAGUAGUUCCAGUGGCUCCUCUUCUUCGACUUCUAAAGGAUCAGCAGCAAGUUCAACACACGAUGCUGUACAAAUCUCUCCUCAACAAGUAUCUCUUAAGCUUAGAAUAAAUGAAGCCCAUAGAAUAACUGUAAAUUAUGCACAAGCGGAAGAUUAUCCUGUGGACUUAUAUUAUUUGAUGGACUUAUCUAAUUCAAUGGAAGACGACAAAGAAAAAUUAUCCGCUCUUGGAAAUUUAUUGGCUGAAAGCAUGCGAAAUAUUACCUCAAAUUUUAGACUUGGAUUUGGUAGCUUUGUUGACAAAGUUGUCAUGCCAUAUGUCAAUACAAUGCCAAAAAACUUGGUGAAGCCAUGUCCUCGUUGUGAUGCUCCUCCAUACGGAUUUCAAAAUGUCAUGUCUCUCAGUCAAGAUACUAAUAAAUUUGCCGGUGAGGUCCAAAGAGCGCCAGUUUCAGGUAAUUUAGAUGCACCAGAAGGUGGUUUUGAUGCUAUCAUGCAAGCCAUUGUCUGUCGUGAUCAAAUUGGUUGGAGGGAGCGCGCCAGGCGGUUAUUGUUAUUCUCAACUGAUGCUGGAUUUCAUUAUGCUGGUGAUGGAAAACUUGGUGGGAUUAUCAAACCAAAUGAUGGUCGUUGUCAUCUCGAUAAUAGAGGUAGUUACACACAUUCGUCUUUACAAGAUUACCCAUCAAUAUCACAGAUAAAUUUAAAAGUAAGGCAAAACUCAAUCAAUAUGAUCUUUGCUGUAACACGAGAACAAAUAAAUGUUUAUGAACGUCUAAUGCAACAUAUCGAAGGAGCUUCAGCUGGUACUUUAUCCGAAAAUUCAGAAAAUGUUGUUGAUUUAGUUAAAGAUCAGUACAGUAAAAUAUCAUCUUCUGUGGAAAUGAGAGAUACAGCAUCCAGUGCUAUAAAAGUCACAUAUUAUUCAAGCUGUCUCGAUAAAGAUGGUGUGUUAAAACAAACUAAUAAAUGUGAUGGACUUAAAGUUGGGACUGUAGUCAAUUUUCAAGCUGAAAUCGAAGUAACAUCAUGUCCACCAAAUCGCAAAGAUUGGACACAGACUUUUCAAAUUUACCCUGUUGGUAUUAAUGAAUCAUUAACUGUGUCAUUAGAUAUGCAGUGUGAAUGCGAUUGUGAAAAUGUUGGUCAUCCUGACUAUCUUGAGAAAUCGCCCGACUGUCGUGGAGCUGGAACAUUAAAGUGUGGUGUUUGUGAAUGUGAUUCCAUGCACUUUGGUCGUAUGUGUGAAUGUGAUGCUAACAAUAAUCGUCAUGGUAAUGAUACAUACAUGGUAUCUGGAUGUCGGUUGAACAAUGACUCGGAAAUAAAUUGUUCAGGUCGUGGAGAAUGUAACUGUGGACAAUGUGAUUGUCAAGCCAGAUCUAAUCCAGAGGAGAGAGUUUAUGGUACAUACUGUGAAUGUGAUAAUUUCUCCUGUGACCGAUCUGGUGGUGCUUUAUGUGGUGGUUAUGGUACAUGUGACUGUGGUGUAUGCAAGUGUAUCCCAGGAUGGACAGGUGAAUCAUGUGAUUGUCAUGCUACAAAUGAAACAUGCAUAAUGGAUGGUAGUAAUGAAAUAUGUUCGGGUCGUGGGAAUUGUGAAUGUGGUCAAUGUAAGUGCUCUGAAGAAAAUGGUAUAAGAUAUUCUGGAAAAUACUGUCAAAAAUGCCCAACUUGUCCGGGUAGAUGUCAAGAAUUUAAAGAAUGUAUUCAAUGUCUCGUGUACAAGACUGGUUCUAUGUCACCUGAAGAAUGUGAAAAAAGUUGUACAAUCAAACCAAUCAUAGUAAAAGUAGCUGAAGCUAAUGAAGACAAAGAUGAAAAUAUGUGUUCAUAUUAUGAUCAAGACGAUUGUCGUUUUGCAUAUGUUUACACUUAUGAUCAAAGUGGAAAGAUCGUAAUUCGAGCACAAGAAGAACGUGAAUGUCCUCCUCAAGUUUACUUCAUGGGUAUUAUAUUGGGCGUGAUUGGAGCUAUAGUAUUAAUUGGAAUGGCUCUCUUACUGCUGUGGAAACUACUAACAACAAUUAAUGAUAGACGAGAAUUCGCGAAGUUUGAAAAAGAGCGUAUGAUUGCCAAAUGGGACACAGCUGAAAAUCCAAUCUACAGACAAGCCACGUCAACAUUCAAAAAUCCUACUUAUAUGGGCAAAUCUUAA